AUGAAUUCUGACUCCAGCUCUGUCUCCAGCAGAGCUUCCUCGCCAGACAUGGAUGAGAUGUACCUGAGAGAUCACCACCACCACCACCACCACCGCCACCAGGACAGCCGGCUCAACUCCGUCUCCUCCACCCAGAACGACCUGGUGCAGAAGAUGUCCGGGGAAGGCCUCUCCAGGAACGGCUCCAAGGCUGGAGGGGAAAGCAGCAAGUACAAAAUCAAGAAGCAGCUCUCGGAGCAGGACCUGCAGCAGCUGCGGCUGAAGAUCAACGGCCGGGAGCGUAAGAGGAUGCAUGACCUCAACCUCGCCAUGGACGGACUGCGGGAGGUGAUGCCCUAUGCCCACGGACCUUCCGUGAGAAAACUCUCCAAAAUCGCCACCCUCCUGCUAGCCAGA